AUUAUUAUUUACCCGUGUGAGGAAUGCGAUCGGCGCCUCGGCAGUUGAUUACAUGCGUCUGAUUGUGCUGCCGGAGUUUCUCCUUUUUACUUUCUUUUUGGGAAACAAACCUUCCGGAAAUAAGCUGACGCCUUGAUGUACGAAGGGCUAAGCUGCUUAGUUACUGGCAAUGGCUGUAGCAUCGGAGUCCAUCUGCAUGACGUCUGCAGACCUUAUCAAAAAGGCUCCCUUGGACUUUGGUUGCUUUGGACAGGUUUACCUGUGCUACCACAAGACGCACGGCCAGGUGGUCCAGAAGACCGUCUACACGGGAUACCCACCGAACGAUAAGUACAAAAAGUCUCUGAUGGAAGAGGGUCGUAUCUUGCACAAACUGAACCAUAAGCGGAUCGUCAAGCUUCUGGGCCUGAUCAUGGAGGACGGGGCCUAUUCAUUGGUCAUGGAGUUCAUCUCUAGAGGCAACCUGCUGGCUAUGCUGGACAGGGUUGACGUACCAGUCUCCAUAAAGGGGAGGAUCAUUCUGGACAUCCUUGAUGGAAUGGUGUACUUAUCACAGAAUGACAUCAUUCACAAAGACCUGAAACCAGACAAUAUACUGGUAGAUGAGGAUUUCCAUAUCAAGAUUGCGGAUCUGGGCCUCGCCACGUGCCAGAGCUGGAGCAAGCUGACCAAGGAGGAGUCGCGCAAUAAGAGCCGCUUGGGCCAGCGGACUUGUGGCACCACGGCGGGGACUCUCAGCUACAUGGCCCCCGAGCAUCUGAUGAGCAUCCAUGCCCGCUCCUCUGAGAAGUCCGACGUCUACAGCUUUGCCAUUGUUGUUUGGGUGGUGCUUACCAGAAAACAGCCUUAUGAGAAUGCCCUAAACGAAGACCAGGUAUGUGCGUGCGUCCGUUUGGGGAACCGCCCCGACGAGAAUCUCAUUCCACAAUCCACUCCGGCUGAGAUGGUGACGCUGAUGAAGAACUGCUGGCAGCAGAACCCGGAGCAGCGUCCAACGUUUACAGAAAGCUAUGAGUCAUUUCAAAAAUUUUACAAGAAUGGCUUAGAGAAAAACGUGGAAAAAGAUAUACCACAGCUUAUGGCAAAGUAUAAAGGUCCAGAGGAUUUCCUGGAGAAGAUGAAAUCCCUGUCUCUGGACUCUUUUAAUCUGCAGGGAGACUGUCCCACCUCCCUGAAGAGCUCCGACAUGCCCGUGGAGGCCAGCAUCGAGGACCUUCACGCCAUCGCCAACGCUGAGCAGCUCUACCAGGGCGAUGCCAUGCCCGUUAGCAACCUGGAGGUUAAGCUGGAACAGGAGUUUAACUACCACAAGCACGGCAGCUAUAACUACCCCGACCGGCCCGACGCAGGACCUCCUCGGCCGUCUGUUGAGAUUGGCAGGGAGGACCGGAGGGAGGUUCCGUGGCGAGCACGGCCCCCACUGCAUGUGUCCACUGUGCAGUCAUGGACCAAGAAUGACCCACAUUCUGGGGGAACCGUGGAGAACUUCUCCUCAUUCAGCAAUCAGUCAACACCCAGUCCCAGUGUGGUGGCCCCUCCCAUGGGCUCCCCUGACUGGAGCCCUCUGUACCAGUAUGCACCACAGCAUGAGCAGGCCCAGCUCCAUUCGAUACCAAUCCCAGAAUCUGAAAGUCCAGACUCGUCCACGGGAUACAAAUCAGUGUUCCUAAGUAAUGCGAAGGGGGUCCAAAUUGGUGACAACAACCGUCUUUUUAUUGGAUGUCAAGACUUCAGUCUGCCCAGCCUUCCGUCCAAUGGAAGCAAUUCCAUGUAUCAGGAGCUUCUCCUGAAGUUUGAGGACCGCCCUGUGACGGAGGAGCAUCUAGAAAUGCUGCGGCAGAACAUCGGGAUCAACUGGAGGCAGUGCGUCCGGCGGCUCGGCCUCACCGACGUGGAGGUGGAGACCAUCGAGCAUGACUAUGUCCGCGAAGGGCUGAACGAGAUGGUUUACCAGGCUCUGGGGCGCUGGAAGAUGAAAGAGGGCUAUGUGGGAUGUACAAUGGGCAAGCUAUGCCGGGCUCUCCAGGGUGUGGUCAAAGCAGAACUUCUUCACAAACUUCUGGAGAUCUGCCGGUCUCCCCAGUCUCCUUAAUCCCAGCAACUCUUUCCUCAAGGCUCAGUUCUCUUGGAUCCUGGAUUGGAUCAUAUGCUGUCUGCUGAGAAAACACAACCAUAAGUGUACUGUUGCUCUAUUUUGGCUCUGUUGCUCUAAUGCUGCUGUACUUGCUAUGUCCUAUGGGUUGAAUUCCCAUAGGGUUCAAAUCCUGAGCCACGCCCCCAAGCUUGGCCACACCCACUUACAUUCCUGGAAGCCAUCUGUGGUGUGCUGUUGUAAUAUAUGUGUUUUGCUAAUUUGGAAGGUUAAAAUGCCAUAAUAAAUGUUUAGAACUGAAUACGACCGGGUCAGCGUGUGUUUGUGUGAGAGAGAGGGUUUCACGGUGGACUGUGCCGCAUGCUCAUGUUUAUAACAGUUACCUUCAAUCAUCAGACUCCAGGACCUUAAGAAAUAUGCUAUGAUAUGGUCACGUUUUUUCUGUUCGUUUGUAGCAUUAUUGUAAAGACUAAAGACUAUUAUUACAAUUAUUAUUUUAGCCAAACCCAGGAAAAGCCCAGCAAUUUCAGUAAUAAUGUUUUUUAAUUAUAUAAAUAAUAUUCUCUCUUGAAUGGUUUGCAAAUCAGCUUACUAGAUUUUGAUAUACGGCUACAGGAGAACAAAAAAGUAGCUUUUUGGUAUUCAAAAAUGUACUAGAUAAAUUUAUUCAAACCAUAAAACUUUUCUUGUGAGAAUGUAACUACUCUUUUUGUACCUUCAUUUUUAAAAAAUCUUCUUUAGUCAUUAGUCGUUUUCAAUCACGCCAUUAAUUGUUAAAUAUAGAUUCAGUUGUGUUAAUCAUUCUGCACGAUUCCGUUUCUGACGCAGGUGGACAUUUCGGAAUAUAGGUUAUAAUGGAAUGGUAUACGUAAUACACAGUUCAGAAGAACAGCUGUCAGUGUGAGAUCAAAACAUACGUUUACAAGCCCUUGCAAUUAUCUGUAUUUUCCUUUUGUAAAGUUGAAAUUAUCACCAAAUUUGCAGAAUAAAUAUAUGUUUCUAAACCUUG